AUAUGUGCCGGGCGGUCCGCAGCGUACUUGGUGAAUGAGAGGAGGAAAUGGUGGAAGUUGCUCCUCAAAAGGAGGAGAGGAGGGGCCACCCUCGUCCCUCUUUCUCUCUCUACCCUCCUCUCUCUCUCUCUCUAAAAUCAUCGCUCGUCUUCUCUCUCUCUACAAUCUUCGCUCUGUUUCCCAAUUCCAAAUCUACCGCCUGUCUUUUCCAUCUGUCAUCUUCAACUUCCCUUUCUUGAAUUUCAGGCGUGACUUUCAGCUCCUUUUAACCCAUUUUAUUGUUCUUAAUUCUCAUCACCCGUCUCUUUACAACACGUUCCGUGUCAACAUGGACUCUUUCUCUCUCUCUCUCUAAAACCCACUCUUUUUCUCUCUCUACAAACCCACAAAAUGGCUCUCUCAGUUCCAUUUCGCCUUCUGCGUAUUGCUUGGUCUCAUCGAACCCUCUUCCGGUCUGAAUGUGUGGUUGCUGAGUUGGAUUAUUUGAUUUAAGUGAACUAGAAAGCUUUUUCAUUAAGCCAUGGCAAAGCAGGUGGCAUACAAGCUUUCUCCUUCAUAUAGAGAGAAUGACCACCCAGGUUGUAUGUGGGGUUUGUUUCAAUUUUUGGACUUGCAUCGUAGGCAUCCAUUGAGAAGGAUGAUUUCAGACAAAAGGCAUUGGGAUGAUCGACAUUUGGGUGGUAUGAAAUUUUCGGGAACUGAUUUCGAUGAAGCUACAGAUUCUUGUGAAGUUCAUAAGUACAUGGAGGCAGGUGGUGAUGUUUUACAUUUUGAAGAGAAGUUGAAAGAAACCCCGCCUAAGAAGAGAAAUUUGUCUCGGGCACGUAUGAAAUCAUGGAUUGCUGAAGAAAUGUCCAAAGAACAGGAAGCACAGCUGAGGAUUUCGCCUUUACUUGCUGAAGAAAUGUCCAAAGAACAGGAAGCACAUCUGAGGAUUUCGCCUUUACAUACUGGAAAGCCAACCAGUGAAACAUUCCCUAACCAACUGAACGAUUCGAGUGAUAUUUGUUCAUCGCACACAAAAGAACCAAGGGAUGACAACAGAUGUGAGGCAUAUAUGGCAAGGGACGGUCUGAACCAUCUCGGUCAGACCCAACUUGAUGAACUUAGCAGGCAGUUACUAGAGAAGCAUGCCCUUCUACAGGCAAAGCUUGAUAAAGCAAAGGAGGCUUUUCUAAAGCAAGACUUUGUGGAUGCGAAAGAACUUGCAAGAGAUGUGGCACUUUACCAAUCUAAAGAUUUUCUUGAUGCUCUAGAGAUCUUUAAUUCUAACCGAGAAGCAUUUCUCAAAAUACUACAAGACCCAAACUCUGUUUUAACAGACCAGAUUCAAGAAAUGCAGGGUUCCCACUCUGAGAAGGUAGCAAAUCUAUCAGAAUGCAUUCCAAAAGCCACCAAGCACAAACAAGGGAGAGCCAGGUCAUUGGUCAGACAGAGAAGGUUUCGUGUUGAGAACCCGCCAAACAUAGAUAUCUCUGCAAUCUCUUUUGAGGAUCAGUAUAUGAAUAAUGCGUCAUUGAAUGAUCAGGAAAAUGGCAGUUUCUGGUUACCAACCAGAAUAGUUGUUCUAAAGCCUAGCCAUGGAGGGCAUGGAAAUGGAGGAAAUGGGUCGGUUUUAGUAUCGUCUCCACAAUCACUGCAUGGGUUUAGACAUCUUUGGGAAAGUGGAAAAGUUGCUAAUAGGUUAAAGGACAUUAAGCAGAAGAUAAAGCAGGCGAUCAAAGAGAGCCGGAAAGAGGGGCACCGCAUUUCUAUGGAUGAGAUUCUCCAUAGAGUCCCUUAUGGUAAGAAACAUGCCAUAGAUGCCAAUAAAGAGAUGAUGGACCCAUCAAAGGACACAAAAACAGAUAAAGACAGUCCACGAAACACUUAUGAUAUUGAAGCUAAGAAGCAUCUUUUAGAGAGAAUGAAGCAGGGAGAUAGAGGUGAAGGUGUAAGGAGUAAACGAGAUUCAAACAGCCUAGGGAAAUUACUGUCAUUGCCUGGGUACAUGCCCCCUGCGCCACUUAGUCUAGAGAAAGAAAUACGAAAUGAACACAGCCAGGGAAAUGGGUCUUUUAGUUCAGUCGAAGUUGUGCAGGUAGAUGCAUCUUCUCUAGCAGAUAAGAGUAAGAGGAACCCUCUAGAGGUGGACAGUAGUUUGGAUAGUGGAGCUUUGGUGAUGGAGGAACUAAACCACGAUGAUAAGUUAGUGAAUGACGCAAAUAAUUCGGGGGUAGACAGUUCUUCGACCAUGGAAAGAGUGGAAUGUCCUGAAGAAGUAAAUGAUGGAGAUUUGGGGACGUCUGUGCUGGACACUAGAAAUGAUGGUGAUUUGGAACAGAUUGGAACCAGCAAUGAGCUUGAUGCUUUAAUAUUGGAAGACAAUAGCUCUUUAGCAUUACAUGAAGAGGAAGUUGGGACCCAAGAAAUUGGCACCGCAAAGUUAAGAAGGCCAAGUCCAGUCUCAGUUUUGGAUUUGUCUCCUGGGGAGGAUUUUGCUACUCCACAAAACCUUGCGGUUUCCGAUGGUUCAGAGUUACAACCACGGCACAUCUGUUUCGACGAGCCAGACUCUGACCUGAGCUCGAGACAACCAUCCGAUGCAGCAAUUGUAAACCAGACCACAACAGAAACCAUAACUUCAUCUUCACAUUCAGACCAUUACCUCAUUGCUAUGAGUCCAAAAGAUGAAGCUCAUUUUACCUAUGUGAGAGACAUGCUUGAGGCAUCUGGAUGUGAUGGCCAGGGGUGGUCUCUGGGGAAAUGGGACUCACACAAUCAACCCAUGAACUCCACAAUAUCAAAUGAUAAUUCAAAUCGGUGGGAUCACCAUCUGCUAUUUGAUUGCAUAAAUGAGGUUCUACUGGAGAUCAAAACAAGGCAUUCCCUUGGUUAUUGCCCUCUCAGUCAGAUGGAUUUAAGGCCUAUAAUGCCUUCGGGUGAGCAUGUUCUUGAGAAAGUUUGGUCUGGCAUAAAUUGGCACCUACAUUCAUGCCUUGGGGCCGAUCCCACACUUGAAAGCAUAGUGACAAGAGAUCUUAGCCAUAGGGACGGAUGGAUGGACCUUCGGUUUGAUAUUGAUGGUGUGGGUGCAGAGUUGGAGUCUUUGAUACUGGAUGAUCUCAUAGAAGAAACAGUGAAUCAGCUUAAACAUUGAUCAGUUCUUGAGGUGAUGCCUUGUGUAUUUUUUCUUCUCUCUUUUUAUUUCGCAUUCCUUAUAUUUGGGUUUGGGCCUCCUUUAAAUUUGAUCCUUAUAUGCUUUGUACAGUUGUGUAAUGAAACUUACAUGUAAUACAACUAUCAAAAGAGAAAUUUCAAUGUAAUCAAUAUAAUGGGUAUACAGAUGGAUGGACAUUUGUAAGAUGAGAUUAGUGGAAUAAAAAUGUACUCAAACAUAAGUACAUGUUUGCAUGGGCA